ACUAUUCUAAUAAAAAUAUGUAAGUAUCCCGUGUAAUUUAUAUUAUUUAAUGUUCACACAAACCAAUGAAAUAUUUUUAUCCCGUUUUACGAAGAGAGAAGUUUUCAUGCCGAACUUAUACAACUUGGUCUUCAAAGUCAAUGAUCGUUAACUGGAAAUCUACUGUAAAGUUGUUAGUCAACCUCAAGAAAGCUCGCGAUACUGCACAAACUACAACUCCCAAAAUGCAAUAUGGUUUCUGUCUAAGGUCUCCGCGAGUCUGAAUGAUUCCAGCAUGCUUUGUGGCGCGAAGGGCAACCUGGGAGUGGUAGUGCCUCUGGGCGCCGGCCGGAAUCGCCAGCGCGGCAGUGGCGGGUUUAGGGGCUUCCUUCCGAGGUGCUGUUAGAGCUGAGGUGGAGAAAAGGCGCGGAAAAGAAACGGUGAGUCAGAUAGCGUCGAUGCGAUAAAGGGUGACCGCAUCGCCACGUAGGUGUAAAUUGAGGAAGCGCGGACCGCGCCUCAUUCAGUGGUGCUCACCGCGGUCGGUCUCGGAGUCCGCGGAGGAAGGGGAAGCAGGGCGGGCGCCCACAGCAGUUCGGCCCGCGGCGUGACGCCGCCAUCUCCGCCAUGCAGUCCCGGGAAGAAGCCCCGCGGCCCCGCCGCCUCGCCAGUCCCCGCGGUGGGAGACGGCCCAAAAGGAUUUCCAAGCCCUCGGUGUCAGCCUUUUUCACAGGCCCCGAGGAGCUAAAGGACACAGCCCAUUCCGCGGCCCUGCUGGCUCAACUCAAGUCCUUCUACGACGCGCGACUGCUGUGCGAUGUGACCAUCGAAGUGGUGACGCCUGGUAGCGGGCCCGGCACGGGUCGCCUGUUUUCCUGCAAUCGCAACGUGUUGGCUGCCGCGUGCCCCUACUUCAAGAGCAUGUUCACAGGGGGCAUGUACGAGAGCCAGCAAGCGAGCGUGACCAUGCACGACGUGGAUGCCGAGUCCUUCGAGGUGUUGGUCGACUACUGCUACACGGGUCGGGUGUCCCUGAGCGAGGCCAACGUGCAGCGCCUGUAUGCGGCCUCUGACAUGCUUCAGCUGGAGUACGUACGCGAAGCCUGUGCUUCUUUCUUGGCUCGCCGCCUGGACCUGGCCAACUGCACCGCCAUCCUCAAGUUUGCUGACGCCUUUGACCAUCAGGAGCUGCGCUCUCAGGCCCAGUCGUUCAUAGCUCACAACUUCAAGCAGCUGAGCAGGAUGGGGUCGGUGCGGGAGGAGACGCUAGCAGAUCUGAGCCUGGCCCAGCUGCUGGCGGUCCUGCGCCUGGACAGUUUGGACGUAGAGAGUGAGAGGACCGUGUGCCAUGUGGCCGUGCAGUGGCUGGAGGCCGCUCCCAAAGAGCGAGGGCCCAGCGCCGUGGAAGUCCUCAGGUGUGUUCGUUGGGCACACUUCACUGAAGAGGAUCGGGACUACCUGGAAGGGCUGCUGACCAAGCCCAUUGUGAGGAAGUACUGCCUGGACGUUAUUGAAGGGGCCCUGCAGGUGCGCUGUGGUGACACGUUGUACAAGUCCCUGGUGCCCAAGCCAAACAACAGCGGCGGCGGCAGCUCUCCUGUAUCUGUGGUGGAAAAUCCACCUCAGAGAUUAGGUAUGUGUGCCAAGGAAAUGGUGAUUUUCUUUGGACAUCCCAGGGAUCCUUUUCUCUGCUAUGACCCAUACUCGGGGGACAUUUAUACAAUGCCGUCACCUUUGACCAGCUUGGCUCACACUAAGACUAUCACCUCCUCAGCUGUUUGUGUCUCCCCAGACCAUGACAUCUAUUUAGCCGCCCAGCCCAGGAAAGACCUGUGGGUGUAUAAACCAGCCCAAAAUAGCUGGCAGCAACUGGCUGACCGUUUGCUGUGUCGCGAGGGCAUGGAUGUAGCGUAUCUCAAUGGCUAUAUUUACAUUUUGGGUGGUCGAGACCCUAUUACUGGAGUUAAGUUGAAGGAAGUGGAAUGCUACAGUGUUCAGAGGAACCAGUGGGCUCUGGUGGCUCCCGUACCGCAUUCUUUUUAUUCCUUUGAAUUAAUAGUGGUUCAGAACUAUCUUUAUGCUGUCAACAGUAAGCGCAUGCUAUGUUAUGAUCCUAGUCAUAAUAUGUGGCUGAACUGUGCAUCUCUUAAGCGAAGUGAAUUUCAGGAAGCCUGUAUCUUCAAUGAUGAAAUCUAUUGUAUCUGUGACAUCCCAGUCAUGAAGGUCUACAACCCAGCUAGGGGAGAAUGGAGACGGAUUAGCAAUAUUCCUUUAGACUCAGAGACCCACAACUACCAGAUUGUCAAUCAUGACCAACAGUUACUGCUUAUUACUUCUACAACCCCACAAUGGAAGAAGAACCGGGUGACUGUGUAUGAAUAUGAUACUAGGGAAGACCAGUGGGUUAAUAUAGGUACUAUGUUAGGCCUUUUGCAGUUUGACUCUGGUUUCAUUUGCCUCUGUGCUCGCGUUUAUCCUUCCUGCCUUGAACCUGGACAGAGUUUCAUCACUGAAGAAGAUGAUGCACGGAGUGAGUCUAGUACUGAAUGGGACUUAGAUGGAUUCAGUGAGCUGGACUCUGAGUCAGGAAGUUCUAGUUCUUUUUCUGAUGAUGAAGUCUGGGUACAGGUAGCAGCACCUCGCCGUAAUGUACCUGAACAGCAGGGUUCUUUGUAAAUUUUUUGAAAUACUAUGAUGUUACUGCUGUGUGGAAUGUGUCUUUAAUAGAUAUCCUUUUUCCUGGGGAAAAAAAACCAAAACUCAGUUGAUUAGGAGUAUAGAUUUCAUUGAAAAAGGGUAAUAUUUUGAAAUUUUAAGUGGCUCUAACAUCAGCCCAUUUAAUAAUUUACUGUGCUAAAAGUCUAAAAAUAUGGAAAAAAAUGAACUGCUGUUGGGGAGUUUUUUCUUUUUUUAUUAGCAUGUUUAUGUUUUGAUUGUCUUAAUUUAGUCCCUUAAUUUUUUAAUUCUGUUUAGUGACACAGAAUUUGACUUAAAUUUGUGUGAUAAUAAACUGGGAAUUAUUGAUAGGAUUUUUUGUUUUGUUUUGUUUUUGGGUUUUUUUUUUGGUACCAGGGAUUGAACUUGUUGAUAGGAUUUUGAAAGUGUAUAUUUUCCUUCAGAAUAAUGAAAAUGGAUUUACAAAAUUCUUUGUUUUUAGUAUUCUAAGUUAAAUAUUGUUUGUUAAAAUUCAGUUUGCUUUUAUUUCUACAAAAAUUUGUAUUAAGAUUACUUAAUAGUAAUUUUAUUUUGAUGAUGUAUGACUGGCUUUACAAGGUCACAUCAUUUUUUUUUUUUUUUU